AUGUCGAACCAAAAUGAUAAUGGCAAUACUGGCGCUUCGGAGUCGCAGAUGCCCAUGCUCACGCUGGCAUACCUCAACCAUGCUAUCUCCUGGACAUAUCCGAUUAUUGCUGCUCAAGUCAUCGCCAUGCUCGAGUGCGUUCGAGUCCUCCCAGCCGAAGUAAGUCUCUCCUGAUCGGUAGCGCAUCGCGUUCGACCAGGGUCUCAUCGCACCAACGUGUGUUGCAAUCCAUCAGGUUCGCAUGAUCAUGCGCGCUUACAAGCGGCGCAGGCUCAACGCUGCCGAGAUGCUCUUCUUCAUGAUCAAGUAUGCGACGGUCCUGUCAUUCAGUCUGGAUCUGACGAUCCAGCUGACGCAGCUCUUGCAGAGCGACGACGCUUGCUUGGGUGCAAGCUGGGCAUCGCUAUUCUUCCUUUUCUUCGCAUCGAGCACUGUCGUCGCCUCUCUCUGCUGGCGUGCGCACAUCAUCUUCCACAGAUCGUUAUUCUCUCGCAACUUGCUAUGCAUCGGCUUGCUUGUUCAGAUCGGCAUCUCCAUUUACACACUUUCCAAGCAAGGCAAGUUCGACACGCUCUUCAGCGAUGGGACAGCCGCCUAUUGCAAUCUUCGCAGCCAAGUCGACCCCGUGCUGGCCUCGAGACCGCCUCCUCCUUGGUACAGUCUCAGUGCACCGUGGUUCCUCUUGUACAACACGCUGUUCGACGGCAUUAUCGUAGCAACAACCACCUGGCGUCUUCUCAAAGCUGCUCGCGGGCCGACCGGCUUCGCUUCCAUCAGCAAACGCCUCUUCGCCAACGGCAUUCAGUAUUCAGCAGUGGUCUGCACGGUCAACCUGGUCGAAUUCAUUGCGAUUAUGGCCGCUUUCAAAAAGAUGCCGUCGCUUCUUGGGCUGUCCAUCUCUAUUCAGGUCGUGACUGGAAUGAGUGAGUACGAGAUCGCUGAUCCGGUCUUCCCGAUUGUAGCUUGAGCCAGCCGAGACUAAAUUCCUGCUUCAACGUUCACUUUCCUGGACCGACCUGGACAGAUAUGGUAAGUUUUCCGUGGUGCCGCUGGAGUGCCAAUGCGCUCACCAACCAUGCUUGUUGCCUCUACAGCUCAUCUCUGAGCAAGAUGCUGUGCACGGCCACUACGGUGGCAUGUCUUCCAUGGUGAAACCACCCCAGUACCGUUCCGACCCUUCCAGUGGUAGACCAGGCUUCCCAGCUCUGCCUCUUGCAUCUUCAGGUGCCUCUUCCCACGCCACGUCUGGCUUCGAUUCGAGUAUCAGGGACUCUAAAGCUCUUCUGACAGCUAAACCGGGGUUUGGAAGGGGGCAGGGCGGGACCGCUCUGCCUUCAGUACCCAUGAGGACGCUGUCGAGCUCGGGACACGGUGAUCGUGAUAUGGAUGGCUUUGUGCACGAUGCAGAAGCUGGCAUGUACAGUUCCACGACAGAUGACUACCUUGCUAGCACUCUGUUGGAGAAAGGGGAACUCGGCACACCUCCAGGACCAGCCCCACCCUUUUCGAUGCUCUCUGGCACAAACUCGAACUUUGAUGAGACGCCUUCGGAGUUUGGCGACAACGUGGACUACAUUCGAUCUUCUGGGAAACGCGCGAACGAAUCUAGAUCUUUCAAUUUGGGCGACGACGGCAAGAACGACUUGUCGAUCGGCGCCAUUCGUGAACGAGCUGCAGAGCUGAAGAGGAGCGAGAAUGAGCAGUAAGUCGAGAAACACGAGUGAAAACCGCGACGACGUUCCUGACAAUCUGCCGCGAUGCUUCUCGGACUGCAGCUAUCACAACCGCAAGAGCGUCCCGAGCGCAAAGCCCUCAAUCUUUUCUGGAACUGAUGGCUUUGGCGCUCCCGGACCGCACGGGAAAAAUCAGAUCAUGGUGGAGACGACGCGUGACGUCACGCGCAGCUCACCUGUGCGAGACACCGCGCUUAGCCGCCUGACCACUCCUUCAGGUGCCGGUCCAGACGAGGAUUCUUUCAGCACACCCAAGCGCAAGCCAAUGGACCCAGUUGCUUCUGAGAUCCUGCCGGGACGUCACCUGGGACACACUCCCAACGCCAGCGUCUCGUCGAUUCACGAUCCUCGUUACCAGAUUGCAAGAUCAUCUUCGGAUCCGAACUCCCAUCACGGGCAAGGACAGCAUGGCAUCGACCCAGUCGUUGCAGCCGCCUACCCGAAGCUCGCUGCUCAGCAAUCGAAGGCUCAUCAGAAAGAUAAGUUUGAGGGAGAUCGAGGACUUGACCAUUCUUACGACCCACCAGGAUCCGCUACUUCUCAAGCUAGCAGCUUCGCCGCAGGUGAGCCUCGAGUGACCAUUUCAAAUCGCGCCGUCGAUCAGUUCACUACGAACCAAGGUGGUGCGACGAGCGCUGGUCACCGCUACUUCUGA